AGCUUUGAGCCAGACAGCAACUUAAAGCGGGGCCAAACUGGGUUAUUUCUCCAGUGUGGAUGCAGCCUUAGAUGGGUCACUUCAGGUCCUAAUCCUUCUCUGCAUGUUUAAGAACCCUCCGGUCCCAAACCACACUGCAGAAAUCAUCCACUUAAACCAUUCCCUGGCUCAGUGCUAGGGAAUCCUGGGAACUGUAGUUGAUUGCGGCCCCAGCGCUCUCUGACAGGGAAGGCUCAAUGUCUCCCAAAACUAGUUCCUAUAGCAUUGAGCCAGGGCAGUUCUAAGCAGUCUCAAACUGGAUUAUUUCUGCAGUGUGUUUGGGACCUUAUUGCUGACCAGAUACUGUUAUCUCUUGGCGCAGCAAAUAUGGCUGCCGUCACGUCAGUUUGGGUCCUUAUUCACCCUCCUUUUUCUUCUUUGCGCAGGAGAGAAGUUGGUGCUACCGUGGCAACUUGGCGCCAUGAAGGCCUCGACCGUGCUGGGCGUCCAGGCCCUCCAGUUGCGACGCAAGACGAGAGGCUCCGGGGUCAAGGCGAAAGCGUCCUACGUGGACGAGUCCCUCUUUGGCAGCUCUACGGGACGCCAGGCUGCGGCGACGGUGGCAUUCGACCCGCCCUGGGUAGAGAAGAAAAGCAGUUCCCAGAGACCUCUCUUGUGGAGCCCAGGGAAGUUGCCAAGGGAGGUCGAUUCCAGUCCUUCCCAAGCCCUGCCAUCAGCUGGCACCCCACGAAAGAGAAAUAAAUACAGGCUGAAAAAUCACACCCCGUCCUAUUGUGACGAGACCCUCUUUGGACCCAAACCGGGGGAACAGAGAUGGGCAGCCCCCUGGAUGACAAGGAGCGACGUGGCCAAGCUCCGACCUUUGCUUUUGACUCCACCGUCGGCCCUGGGAGACUGUCUCGUUCUUUCCUCGCACCCAAAGGAGAUCCCACUGAAAGCCAUCCACCAGGAAAAGGCCAGCUCCCAGGGGAAAGAAAGAUUCCAUGCACAGCACAGAAGAGAAGACUCUUGUUGGAAACCCCGCGGGAGUUGUUCAGACAUGAUCGCCCAGGAUGCCUUGGGAAGAGGACGUUCUCAUUCCCUUACCAGGUUGUGUAGUACUUCGGAUCGGUUUCAGACACUGGUGAAUAAGCCAAGGAGAGGUACACAGCAGGAUAGUCCCCUUCCGGUGACUGCCACAGGGUCUCUGGGCAGACCAUCUCCACAGGGUUUAUCUGGAACACUGUCUACCAGGGCAAUGAGAUCAACCAACUCCUGUAAACCCAAACCUCCUUGGAAAUAAAGAUUCUUUUCCGCUA